GAGGGGCGCGGCCAGGCGGCGGCUGGGGGCCGCCAUGUCGGGCGCGGCGCUGGGCAAGGUGGCGGCGGCGGCGCGGCCGCGGCGGAAGGUGCUGAGCGCGGAGGAGGCGGAGCUGUUCGAGCUGGCGCAGGCGGCGGGCAGCGGGCUGGACCCGGAGGUGUUCAAGGUGCUGCUGGACCUGCUGCGCAUGAACGUGGCGCCGCUCGCCGUCUUCCAGGUGCUCAAGUCCAUGUGCGCCGGGCAGCGGCUGCCGGCGGGCAACGAGAACGCAGCCCCCGCCGCGCCGGCGCCGCUCCCCGCCGACAGCCGAGGAGCUGCCAUGGGGAAGGGGAACCAAAGCUGUAUCUGCUGUUGGCCCUGCCAUCUCUUGUUGGAAGAUGCUGCUUAUUUUUAAGAAGAGGAUGGCGUGGCUUCUGCGCAGGACAAGGCGUUUGGAGAUGGGAGAUGCCUCCUCUGCAUAGCUGGGACUUGUCUGCUGACGUAGCCAGAGCUCCUUGCGCUGAUGCAGAGAACAGCAAUUGUACAUAAGCUUGCCAAGCUGCCUUGCACAGUGUCGUUCAGCUCUGCAUAUCUGCUCAUUCUCCUGUGCUUCCUCCUUUGUCAGAAGACAGACAAGUGGCUGAAGUAAUCCAGGUCUCACUAAACAUUAGCUGAGUCUGCUUCCUUCAAGUUUUGUCAGUAACAGUGAGAUAUUGGCUUAAGCUUCUCAGCUCAUCGUGAUGCAGGGAGGUUUUUUUAAAGCAGUUAAA